GCAAACCUUUCCUUCUGGGUAGCGUUCCAACUUGAGUAUUUCCCCCCUUCCCCCGCAACAUACACUUCCCACCUAAAGACAAAAAAAAAAAAAAAAAAAAAAAAAAAAAAAAAGAGGUAGGGUGGGGAAAGAGAAAAAAUAACACCACCACUUCGAGACACAUCCUAGAAUCGAGGACCGCGGCUCAGAGCGUAGGGAGAGUGAGAAGAAGGGAGAAGCAGUCCAGCAGCUGGAUAAUCUCGGUGCAGCGUCCCUCGGCUCCUCUGAACAUGGCCUCUGACUUUCUCUGAAAGGAUCUCCAGUGAAGCCUAGUACUUCAUCCUUUCCUCUCUUAACAACCUUAUUCUUUGUCUAGCUCAUUUUAGUUUAGCCGUAUAUUUUUCCCCACCUCACAAGUGGUAGCGUCCACUCACUACACCAGGUGAGUUCAUAAAUUCUCUCCAGGAACGAAAGGUAAGGAUGGCUUCUUCGCCCCUUUUCUCCGCUUGGGAAUUGGUAUCGCCUAUGACGAAGUCAGUAUGGUCAUUUGACGUCCCCAGGCGGCUCCCUCUUCCACACCCUGAGAACCGCCCCUGUCGCUCCCCGAGACUACUGAGGGACUGGCGUGUGACCGGCAUGUCUCGCGUCUCUCUAUCCUUGCAUUUUUCUUAGCCUCACUUUACAUUCUUGUACUUUUUACUCGGAGGGAAGUGGCUGAACUCCCCUGCCCAAAGGACACCAGGGAUCCGUCCUGUGUUCUCUUACCCACAACUCACUCUCUCCUCCUCCCCGAGGAGGCGAGAUUUGGUCUGAUCCGCCAAGUGACGUCACGUCAGAGCCCCUCCCCCAAGGGUCCUGGGCCCUUACGCGGCGGGGGCAGGCCUGUGGGGGGGGGGGGGUGAGGCUGUCGGUAGUAGCGAAGCGACGGUGACGGCGACGGCUGGAGCCCGGAGAGGGCUGGAGACCUACGGGAGCCAGAUAGGCCAUGCCGAGGAAGAAGCCUUUCAGUGUGAAGCAGAAGAAGAAACAGCUGCAGGACAAGCGCGAGAGGAAACGAGGGCUGCAGGAUGGAGUACGCUCCAGCUCCAACAGCCGCAGCGGGAGCCGGGAGCGGAAGGAGGAUCAGACUGACACCUCUGAUGGGGAAUCUAUAACCCAGCAGAUUCGUCGCCUCAACCAGCAGCCAACUCAGGGCCUUGGCCAUAGCUAUGACCCUAAUAGAUACCGAUUACACUUUGAAAGAGAAAGCAGGGAAGAGGUGGAGCGGAGAAAGAGGGCUGCUCGAGAACAAUUUUUGAAACCAGUCAAUGAAAAAUCUCUGGAGCUUGACAUUGGAGACAUCUACCAUCCAGGCUCUAACUUAGACUUUCCCCGUCGCCCGAGUUGGAACUAUGAGAUGUCCAGGGAACAAUUGAUGAGCCAGGAAGAACGGAGCUUCCAGGAGUAUCUGGGGAAGAUCCAUGGGUCCUACACAUCUGAGCAGCUCAGCUACUUUGAACACAACCUAGAGACUUGGCGGCAGUUGUGGCGUGUGCUAGAGAUGUCUGAUAUUGUCCUCCUUGUCACAGAUAUACGUCAUCCAGUCAUCAACUUUCCCCCAGCCUUAUAUGAGUAUGUGACAGGGGAGCUAGGGCUGUCACUGAUACUAGUGCUGAACAAAGUAGACCUGGCUCCCCCAGCUCUCGUCAUAGCCUGGAAGUAUCACUUUCGCCUACACUACCCCCGGCUCCACCUUGUUCUUUUCACAUCUUUCCCUCGGGACCCCCAAACCCCACAGGACUCAAAGACUGUCUUGAAGAAGCGCCGGAAGCAAGGAAGGGUUUGGACUCGUGCCCUGGGACCAGAACAAUUGCUAAGGAUUUGUGAGACCAUUACUGCAGGAAAAGUGGACUUAAGUAGCUGGAAAGAAAAGAUGGACCGGGAUGCAGCUGGAGCAAGUCGGGACACUGGCUUAGGGGAGGAAGAAGACGAUGAAGAAGCACCAGCAGUAUUGGUGGAACAGCAAACAGAUGUUGCUCUGGAACCAACUGGCCCGAUCCGGGAGCGAUAUAAGGAUGGAGUUGUGACUAUUGGCUGUGUGGGUUUUCCUAAUGUGGGAAAGUCAUCCCUCAUCAAUGGGCUGGUCGGGCGGAAGGUGGUGAGCGUUUCCAGAACCCCUGGCCACACCCGUUACUUUCAGACAUAUUUCCUCACACCCACUGUUCGACUUUGUGACUGUCCUGGCCUUAUCUUUCCUUCCCUGCUGCCCCGACAACUACAGGUUCUGGCUGGAAUCUACCCUAUUGCUCAGAUACAGGAGCCCUACACAUCUGUGGGAUACCUAGCUUCCCGAAUACCUAUCCAGGCACUUCUUCGAUUGAGACACCCUGAAGCUCAGGACUCAGGGCAUGAGCCCCCUUGGUGUGCUUGGGAUAUCUGUGAAGCCUGGGCUGAGAAACGAGGUUACAAGACAGCCAAAGCAGCUAGGAACGAUGUGUACAGAGCAGCCAACAGCCUCCUUCGGCUGGCUGCUGAUGGACGGCUCAGCCUUUGUCUUCGUCCACCUGGCUACAGUGACCAGCGAGCCUCCUGGGAGUCCCAUCCAGAAACCUUGGAGCUGAUGAUGAUGCAGGGGAGGGUGGGACUGUCGGGUGAGGAUGAGGAUGAGGAAGAAGAGCUGAGCAGUUCUGGGGAAGAGGAGGUAGAGGAGGACCGAGAUGCUGAUGAGGAGGGUGAGGGGGAUGAAGACACCCCCACUCCUGCCCGACCUUCAAAUCUGGCAGGCUCAAACCCCUAUGCCCUGCUGGGUGAAGAUGAAUGCUGAAUCUCCAUUCCUUAUUCCUCUCUCCCAUUCAUCAUCCUUGCUCUUAGACUGAUCGGGGGUACCCUUUUUCCAUCUCCUUAAUUGAAUAAAGAUAACCUGGUUUAUUAGCCCCCUUCA